AUGAUUGGAUCUGUGUCUGAGAAGGAGGGGAGAGAGGGCUGUGCCAUUGACCUCUACAGACGUCCUCAGCUGGACACGGAUAUAGAUUCAGUGAAGGCCAUCUACGCUGACACAGCUGUCUCUGAUGAACUGGCCAGGACCUGGAAGAUCAUCCCAACAGAGCCUGUUGUCGUCCGGCUGCGCUUCUCUCUGUCCCAAUACCUGAAUGGGCCAGCACCCUCUGUGGAGGUGUUCUAUCCUUCUAGCAGAGAAGGGUUCAGCCUGGGACUACAGCUGCAGAAGCUCAGUGGUGUCAACAAUGGCCAGGAGCAGGUUCUGAAGGUGAAGCUGAUUGGACCGGAGCUGAAAGUGAAUCGCCUCAUGAACCGGACAAUGACUUACACCAUCAAGAACCCCAGAGGAGAACUCUUCACUUAUAUACCUAAUGGCAAGUGGCGUCAGGCAUCGUCUUCAGUGAGUCUGGGCAGAGUGAUGUUGGCCCAUGAACAGGACUACAGAGGUCUGAUAGCAGGCUGUGUGUGUGUCAGCCUACUACUUCUGCUGCUGCUCGCUCUAUUCAUCUGGAAAAGGAGGAACAAGCACAUUGACGAUCUGGCUGAGGGUAAGGUUUGGUAUGACGGCCGGGCUCACAUUCAGCACUUGGACAUGUUGGCAAACGCCCGGAGCGUCAGCCCCACUAACGAAAUGGUGUCCCACGAGUCGGUGGACUAUAGAACCACCCUGCUGGAGGACCAGGGCAUGGAGAGGCCAGAGUCGUGCAGGGGGGCUCCCCCCAUCUACGGGGGCCAUGGGGAACUCCUCUCCCCCAGGCUGGGGCUGGGUGGCAUGGGGAUGGGGAUGGGUCUGGGGGCGGAGGGGGAGUUGGUGUCCCCUCUCCUGUCGGCCUCGGUCCACAUCGACACGUCCCAGCUGCACCCUGACCUGCUGAAGGAGGUUCAACAUGUGGUCAUCACCAGGGAACACCUGCUGUUACACCUAAACCAGGUCAUAGGCAGAGGUCACUUUGGCUGUGUGUUCCAUGGGACCCUGUUAGAGGCUGACGGUCAGAAACAGCACUGUGCCAUCAAGUCCCUCAACCGGAUCACUGACCUGGAGGAGGUGUCUCAGUUCCUGAAGGAGGGGAUCAUCAUGAAGGACUUCAGCCACCCCAACGUGUUGUCUCUACUAGGGAUCUGUCUGCCCACUAAGGGCUCUCCUCUGGUGGUGCUGCCAUACAUGAGGCACGGAGACCUCAGGAACUUCAUACGGGACGAGACACACAACCCCACAGUGAAGGACCUGAUGGGCUUUGGUCUGCAGGUGGCUCAGGGCAUGGAGUAUCUGGCCAGCAAGAAGUUUGUCCACAGAGACCUAGCCGCAAGGAACUGCAUGCUGGAUGAGAGCUACACAGUGAAGGUGGCAGACUUUGGCCUGGCCAGGGAUGUGUAUGAUAAGGAGUACUACAGCAUCCACAACAAGAGUGGAGUCAAACUACCGGUCAAGUGGAUGGCCCUGGAGAGCCUGCAGACACACAAGUUCACCCCAAAGUCGGAUGUGUGGUCGUUUGGCGUGUUGCUAUGGGAGCUGAUGACCCGGGGAGCCCCGCCGUAUUCGGACGUCAAUUCCUUCGACAUCACUGUGUUCCUACUGCAAGGGAGACGGCUGCUGCAGCCAGAGUUCUGCCCUGACCCACUGUAUAACGUGAUGGUCGAGUGCUGGCACCCCAAGCCGGAGAGGAGACCCACCUUUUCAGAGCUGGUGUCCUGUAUCAACGCCAUCUUCUCCAGCUUCAGCGGAGAGCACUACAUCCUUCUCAACACCACCUAUGUCAACAUAGACAAGAUGAGCCCCUACCCCUCCCUCAUCUCCUCUUCCUCCUCCACCCCUCAGGGCCACCCCCUGGAGCGAGACUGCUGCACCUGAGAGAGAGGGAGUGAUGGAGAGAAAGAAAGAGAGAGGGAGGGAGCGGGAGAGAGGAAAUCAAAUGGGUUAAGGAGAACGGGAGAAGGAAUGGGGAGCGAUUGAAGACAGGGUGGUGAAAGGAGGGUAGGAAAAAGAAUGAGCUUGACAGAGUAAGAGAGAGAGAGAAAAGAGUGGGCCGGGCUUGAGGCGGCGAAGACGUUGGGUCGCUUGGGAACUACUGUGUGUGACUGACAGACACUGGACCAACUCUGUACGCAGAUUGAGAAAAGACAGUUUAAAGACAUUGACCCGUGCCGUGCCUACUUCACGUGUGUGUAAUGUAUAUAUACUGACCAAUGACCAACCAAACAAACAUCACUGUACGCCUGAGGCCUGUAUGAACUGUUAGGUCGAUCUUGGCCUCCCUCUGCUCUAAAACCUAGAAGUUGCUCUAGACCCUCCCAUGACCUUUUACCCUGGUAUGCCCUGGAGCCUGAGUUCAGGAGGUCAGGCUUCUUGUCUGUCUCUACCACAUACAAUUUGGAGACAAAGGAGAACCUUUUCAAUGAACAAAGCCUAUAGAAUUCUAUAGAAGCACAUUGUGUGUAUCAAGUACAAGUGAAUCACCCACCAUUUCAAUGACUCCCGUCAUUAAAGAGCGACCGGAUGAUUUUGGAGACAUUUCCACUUGUUAAUGGGUGGCAUGUGUAUGGCGGAUGGCCGGGCUCCAGGUAUUUUUGUUUUAGCCAUAAAAUUAUUUACACCCUCAUCCGCACUGCCACUGAUUGCCCCUCUCUUCCCACCUCCCCUCGCAUGCCUCCCUCCCUGCUCCCUAAGCACUGGGACUGAAUGAAGAAAGUCCCAACUCCAGCCUCCAGGUGAUGUUCUCAUGAACCGAGGUGGCGGUGCAGAGUGGCUGGCAGAAGGAACAAUUUGCUGCCCGUGUGCAGUAGGCUACACUGGAUACUUCUUAACGUGUGUAAUUAUCUUUGACGAUUCUCUUUUGAUGUGCUUCGUUCUAAACGCCUCGCUGCUUCAUUGCCGUGAGUGACUCACCUUUUAGGAAUCCGCAGAUGUUUCCCAGUUGAAAGGUGUUUUUGUGUAUUUCGGUUGGUAACCCUUUGACUUGAACCAGCCUGUCAUAAUGUCUACAUAGCAUGUGCCAUAACAGUUCAUGCAAACUCAGCCUGAAAACAAUUGACAUAAUUAUGUUUUAGACUUCAGAGUCAAAUGGGAGAAAUUGGAGACACGUUGGAACAUUUGAUGGUUUUGGGAAUUAUAGUGCUACGUCAGUUGGAACAAGUGUGUUUACUGUCAAUCAUGACUUUAUCAUAGAAUUGUUACAUACUGCUAUGUCAGCAUUUUGAAAGACCACUUCAAGUUAAAACGUUACCAUUUUGCCUUUCCUUCGUGAAGCGUUUGUCUUUUUACUAUGGCUGCUGUUAUGUUAUGAAUGAUCAGGCCAGCAGUGGACAGAUAUGAAUGUUUGCUCAAAUAAAAUGUUAAAAGAGCUGUACUAUAUUUUUUAUAAUGCCUUUAUUAUGAAAAUGAGCCUCAAUCGAUGGUCGGCCCAAUAGAAUAAUGCCAGAACUGAGCAGUGGUGCCACAACAAUGAACAAGACCAAUCAACUUCAAUGAAUGAACCACUGCCUUUUGUACUAAAAUGAUAAGGGGUAACACCUCUGUGGAUGUGUCUUCUAUAUGUAGGAUUUAACUGUGGUAAAUGUGUGUGUAUGUAUACUGUAUGACAGGUGAUCAUUGUAGGUACAGCACAGUACAAACAAAAUAUACUGUACAGUCAUUGAACAACUGGAGCUAGCAAGUUCACUUCCUUAACUAUUACCGUAGACUGUUCUACACGUUCUAUUGGUAACUAAAUGGCUUGUAAAUCCAUGACUUUGUCCAUUAAUAUGCCAUUUAUCUCACUGUCAGUGCAGUGUGAGUAUCUAUAUGAAGCUCUGUUUAGGGAUCGUCUAUGAAAAUAAUGAUGGUACAUAUGUUGUUACUAUGUUAUGUCAUCUGACUGACUCAGUGUAAUAAAAGUAUAUUAUCAGUGUGGACAUGUGAAAUACUGUAUCUUA